AUGAACGAGACCGACCCUAAAAGCAUCAUCAAAAGCAUCUGUGAUCUGAUGACAGAGCACUGGCUGCAGGGUGUGGUGUUUGGAGACGACACAGACCAGGAGGCCAUCGCUCAGAUCUUGGACUUCAUCUCAGCCCAGACACACAUUCCCAUCCUCGGGGUCCGCGGAGGCUCCUCCAUGAUCAUGGCUGCCAAGGAUGACCACUCCAUGUUCUUUCAGUUCGGCCCAUCCAUCGAACAGCAGGCAUCCGUCAUCCUCAACAUCAUGGAGGAAUACGACUGGUACAUCUUCUCCAUUGUCACCACAUACUACCCGGGUUAUCAGGACUUCGUCACCAAGAUCCGGAGCACCAUCGAGAACAGCUUUGUGGGCUGGGAACUGGAGGAGGUUUUACUUCUGGACAUGUCUGUGGACGAUGGUGACUCAAAGAUCCAGAACCAGUUGAAAAAGCUGCAGAGCCCCGUCAUUCUCCUCUACUGCACAAAGGAGGAGGCCAAUACCAUCUUCGAGGUGGCCCACUCCGUUGGCAUCACCGGCUAUGGCUUUACCUGGAUCGUGCCCUCACUGGUGGCAGGAGACACUGAUGUAGUGCCUGCAGAGUUCCCCACAGGGCUGCUCUCUGUGUCCUAUGAUGAGUGGGACUACGGCCUGGAGGCUCGAGUCCGCGAUGGGGUGGCAAUCAUCACUAUGGCCACCUCCACCAUGAUGAUGGACCGCGGCCCGCACACACUUCUCAAGUCCGAGUGCCAUGGAGCUCCGGACAAGAAGACCCCAAUCUCAGGCAACCCCAACGAAGUGCUCAGGUACCUGAUGAAUGUGACGUUCGAGGGGCGUAAUCUGUCGUUCAGUGAGGACGGAUACCAGAUGCACCCCAAACUGGUCAUUAUUCUGCUCAACAAGGAGAGACAGUGGGACAGGGUGGGUAAGUGGGAAAACGGCUCCCUGUCCAUGAAAUACCAUGUGUGGCCUCGCUAUGAACUGUACGGGGGUGCGGCGACCAGGGAGGAUGACCACCUGUCCAUUGUGACAUUGGAGGAGGCUCCGUUUGUCAUUGUAGAGGACGUGGAUCCACUUAGCGGCACCUGUAUGCGAAACACUGUGCCCUGCCGCAAGCAGGUCAAAGGACUCAAUGGGACCAAGGAGCUGGGUAUCUACAUCAAGCGCUGCUGUAAGGGAUUCUGCAUCGACAUCCUCAAGAAGAUCGCCAAGACUGUCAAGUUCACCUACGACCUUUACCUGGUCACAAACGGCAAACACGGCAAGAAGAUCAAUGGCACAUGGAAUGGCAUGGUGGGAGAGGUGGUGGUAAAGAACGCGCACAUGGCUGUUGGCUCCUUGACCAUUAAUGAAGAGAGGUCAGAGGUCAUUGACUUUUCCGUGCCCUUCAUUGAAACAGGCAUCAGUGUUAUGGUCUCUCGGAGCAACGGCACAGUCUCGCCUUCAGCCUUCUUAGAGCCCUUCAGUGCAGAUGUGUGGGUGAUGAUGUUCGUGAUGCUCUUGCUGGUGUCAGCAGUGGCUGUGUUUGUGUUCGAAUACUUCAGCCCUGUGGGCUACAACCGCUGUCUGGCUGAUGGUCGAGAGCCGCACGGGCCCUCCUUUACCAUCGGUAAGGCCAUAUGGCUUCUAUGGGGUCUGGUCUUCAACAACUCUGUUCCUGUGCAAAACCCCAAAGGCACUACCAGUAAGAUUAUGGUGUCUGUGUGGGCCUUCUUCGCUGUCAUCUUUUUGGCCUCUUACACUGCCAACCUGGCUGCUUUCAUGAUCCAGGAAGAGUAUGUAGACCAGGUGACAGGUCUAUCCGACAAAAAGUUCCAGAGUCCCAAUGAUUUUUCACCCCCCUUCCGGUUUGGUACAGUCCCCAACGGCAGCACAGAGAGGAACAUUAGGAACAACUAUCCUGAGAUGCACUCAUACAUGACCAAGUUUCAUCAGAGGAAUGUGAAUGAGGCCCUGCAGAGUCUGAAAGCCGGCAAACUAGAUGCCUUCAUUUACGACGCAGCCGUGCUGAACUACAUGGCUGGUAGGGAUGAGGGCUGCAAGCUGGUGACCAUUGGCAGUGGCUACAUCUUUGCCACCACUGGCUAUGGCAUCGCUAUCCAGAAGGAGUCGCUUUGGAAAAGACAUGUGGACCUGGCCAUUCUUCAGCUGUUUGGAGAUGGUGAGAUGGAGGAGCUGGAAUCCUUGUGGCUGACUGGAAUCUGCCACCAUGAGAAGAACGAGGUGAUGUCCAGCCAGCUGGACGUGGACAACAUGGCUGGAGUCUUCUACAUGUUGGGCGCUGCCAUGGCUCUGUCCCUCAUCACAUUCAUCUGCGAGCACUGGUUCUACUGGCAGCUGCGCUUCUGCUUCAUGGGCGUGUGUUCAGGACAGCCUGGAUUUGUCUUCUCUAUAAGCAGGGGCAUCUACAGCUGCAUACACGGGGUCCAGAUUGAAGAGAAGAGCAGCUCAGCAUUGAACUCACCAUCUGCCACAAUGAACAACACCCAUUCCAACAUCAUGCGUCUCUUACGCACGGCCAAGAACAUGGCUUCGCUGUCCGGGGUGAAUGGCUCCCCUCACAGUGCGCUGGAUUUUAUCCGCAGAGAGUCUUCUGUCUACGACAUCUCGGAGCACCGCCGCAGCCUGGCUGGACACUCAGACUGCAAGCCCCCUUAUCUCCCUGAGGACAACAUGUUUAGUGACUACAUCAGCGAGGUGGAGAGGACGUUUGGUAAUCUCCACAUGAAAGACAGCAACCUGUACCAGGACCACUACAUGCACCACCACGGCUCUUCUCUGGGUCUCAGUGGGCCUCCUCCGGGCAGACCUCAUAGUCUGGGCAGCGCCAGCUCCUUGGAGGGGGGCAUGUUCGACUGCGAGAGCCUGGGAGGAGGCGUGGCUCCCAUUUUCACUACACAGCCCUGCUCAGCACUCACCCACAGAAACAUGAGCAAGUUUGACCUGCUCCCACAGACUCCUCCUUCCAGCCAGGGCUUCAAGAGUGCCUUGCCCGAUGUCUAUGGCAAGUUCUCUUUUAAAGGAGGGGCUUCCAGCUCUACGUACAUCCCAGGACAUAGCUACUGUGGUGGUAGAGGUGAAGAAGAUGGCAAUAUUCGGUCGGAUGGAUCGGAUAUUUCCACUCAUACUGUUACAUAUGGGAACCUAGAGGGCAACGCCAAGAAACGCAAACAGUACCGCGAUAGUCUGAAGAAGAGGCCCGCCUCAGCUAAGUCCAGACGGGAGCUGGACGAGAUUGAGCUUGGGUACAGGAGGAAGCCCUACCACAUAAGCCACCAUCACUACCAUGGCCAUCGAUCUAUCUCACCACCGCCUGUCCUGCCCUCGGAGCGCAAAAGAGGAGGUAAUGAUGGUAACACCUUCCUCUUCAGGGAGAAAGAGAGUGUUCGAGAUUUUUACCUUGACCAGUUUAGGCCCAAAGAGGGUGUCCCUCAGUGGGAGCAUGUGGACCUAACUGAGGGCCCUGCCAACAGAGAUGGAGGAGUCCCCACCUGCACCUCGCUGGUUCCAGUGGAUGACUUCCUCAAAAGUAAACCCAAAAAGCCUGACCCAAAGACCGCUGGCUCUGGUCUGGCUGGGGGAGAGUGGGAGUGCAGAAACUGUCGAGGUGCAGGGGGCAAACAAAUGUCCCUCCAUGGGAGUGGAGGUUAUGGUGGUAUGAGCUGUGGCUCCUCAGCAGGAGGCAGCCGGCCCAGCUCCGCUACAUGCAUGCGCUGUGAGGGCUGCAAAAAGACUGGGACACUGUAUGACAUCAGUGAGGAUAACAACCACAUGUUGGAACAGAUGGGGGAAGGGCAAAGUGGGGCAGCUCCUCAGUCCCAGGCCCAGCAGAGGAGAAAAGGUGGUUUUGGGAAACCCCUUCGACGGCAGGCCUCUUAUGACACAUUUGUGGACCUGCAGAAGGAAGACACAGAGGUGAUGAGCAGCCUGAUUGGAGGUUUGAGUGAAGGGGGAGGCAUGGGGGGGGUAGGCAUGGGAGGAAUGCUGCCCCCACCAAGAAGUGUUAGCUUAAAGGAGAAGGAGCGCUACAUAGAGACUGGUAGUCCUUUUUCAAACAUAUUUGACCGACAUGGUGGAUCAGAGCGGGACCGAGACAGAGACCCUCUGUUUUACGGAGGGGACAGGAGCAAAGGGCCAGGUUCUCCGUUCGGUCUGUUCAGAGCGGGUGAAGGACCCCAUCGACGCUCCAUUGGGGAAAGAGACAUGCGGGACAGGUCACUUAUGGAAGGAGGCUUCUCCUUAUCCAAAUCUCUGUACCCUGACCGGGUCAACCAAAACCCCUUUAUUCCUACUUUUGGUGAUGACCAGUGUUUGAUGCAUGGCGCCAAACAAUAUUAUAUGAAAAAGCAACAGCACUCUGCUCCAUCUGGAGUCAUGUCUAGUGUUACCCCUCGCUUCCCCAAAGAGCUUAGCCUGGGGGGACUGAGCCACCACGGCUCCAUGCUGGGGGUCGGUCCCCCUAGACCCUUCAAUGGAAGCAAUGGCCAUGUGUAUGAGAAACUGUCCAGUAUCGAGUCGGACGUGUGA